UCUCUUCACUCUCAGGAGUUCUCCGCCUCUCUCUCACACCGUUCCCCCACUAUAUAUAUAGAGAGAGAGGAGAUGCGUGAAAGCGGAGGCCAUUACCAAUCACAGUGAAUCAGGGCAUGAUGGAUCGAAGUGACAUGGCUUCGUGUGAUGCAAAUCCGAGGAGCAGCGAUAGCCAGAUCAAGAGCUGUACGGAUUGCCGAGCCACAAAAACCCCUCUCUGGCGAGCUGGCCCUACUGGCCCCAAGUCGCUCUGCAACGCGUGUGGGAUCCGGUACCGGAAGAAUGUAAAGGAAGCGGGAAUGAAAGUGAAGAAGGAGAAGAGAGAGAUCGGCGACGGAGGAGGCCGGAAGAGGUUUGGUGUGUAUCUUAAGAUGCAGAUGUCCGGGUUGGGUUUGUGGAAGCAGAUAUCCAUGAUUCGGAAACGGAGGAGAUGGAGGAGGAGGAGGAGAGAAGUACUUGGGGAAGAGGAGCAGGCCGCCGUCCUACUGAUGGCCCUCUCGUCUGGCUUGCGAUAGGAUUUGAGCCCCUAUAAGAUUAUCGCCACCCGAUUUCCUUUUCUUGGUGGAGAAACGGAGGUUUUCUCCCCGUUCUACUUUGUCAUGCUACCGGCAACUUGGUGAAGCAUCAGGUUGCCAUCUUAAUUAUCUUCUUGCCAUUUUACCUCGCCCUACCACGUUGAUUCAUCCAUGUAACUUCAUCAGUUCGUCCUCGAGCUAGGGAAGCUCGCUACCUCAAACUUCAUGAAUAAUAAUAUCUUCCAGGUUUUGCAUAUUUUUGCUGAUUAUUAAAAGCCACGAACAUAUCGGAAGCAAAAUUAGGUUUG